AUGGCCUCCCCCGAGCUAGAGCAUGUUAAAGCCGUUUGGCACCGCAGCCGAGGCAACAGCCCAAUAUAUGAUUUCCUAUUAUCAAACAUCGAGAUUGUCUCUGCCUCGAAAGGCACCCUCACAUCGCGUCUUGUGCUCGGUCCAAACCAUGUCAACUCGAGAGGAACAAUUCAUGGAGCGGUAAGCGCUGCGCUGGUUGACUGGAGCGGUGGGCUUGCCAUCGCAACUCAUGGACUUGAGAAGACUGGAGUCAGCAUUGACAUCCACGUCACAUACAUCGGCACGGCCCAGAUACAUGAUAUAAUUGAGAUCGAGGCUACUGCGAACAAGGUGGGAAAGUCGAUGGCAUUUACAACAAUUCGCAUCUACAAGGUGGUCGAUGGCAAGCCAGGCCCGCUUGUCGCGACGGCCUCGCACACGAAAUAUGUGCAGCAAGCCAAGUCAUAA